GUGCAUUUUUUGAAACAACAGAUCUUUCCAAGAUUCUCGUUUCCAUACUUUUCACUGUAAAUCCUGAGGACUAUAGUAUUCACCUGAUAGAACCAAGUAUAUUACUACCUCAACGUCACAUAGGAAUCUAGUUGACAUGACGGCAGGAAAGAAGAGCAAACGCGAUGACAUAUCGGCUGUAGAUUGUUUUGAUGAGGUUGUACUUGGUAUACAUCAAGCUGAGUCAGCUGUACUUAUGCUAAAAAGUCCUGAAGACGAUGUCAAGACCCGAGCUUGUGAAGCAUUAUACAAGUUUUCGAAUAAAAGUGACGAAAACAAAAAAGCCCUGAUAUCAUUAAAUGUUCUAGAAUACCUCCAGCCUCUAGUAAGAGAUGAAAAUAGGGUAGUAAAAAGGAAUGCGGUACUUGUUUAUGGAGUUCUAUCGUCACUUCCUUCUGCAAGGUCUAUCAUUAGGAAACUGCCAACUAUUGUUACUGAUCUUCUCAAGCUUUUGGACUCAGAAGAAUUUGAGACAACGAAAGAAUUUGCUGCAAUGACAUUGUCACAUCUUUGUUUGGAAUAUGCUGGUAUAUACGAACUUAUAGAGCAUAAAUGUUUCUCUGUUAUCAUACCUUGUUUGAAAUCACCUGAUCCAGAUGUACAGAAGAAUACAUUGGAUAUAAUACAUAUGUUACUCCAGGACUUUGAAGCUCGCCCAAUGCUGAAAGCUUCUGAAGGUCUGGAGACCCUGAUUGAAUUGUUGGUAUCGGAGUAUCCAGUUAUUCAAGAUUUAGUGUUGAAAAUAUUUGCUAGAGCAGCACAAGACAGUAUAAUAAGGACAACCUUAAGAGAUAUGAAUGCAUUGGAUGCAUUUGUUGAUAUUAUUGGUGUUCCGGAAUUUAACGAUAUACAUAUUUCCGCCCUACAAGUAAUUGCAAAUUUACUAGACGAUACUGAAUGUGUAAAGCAUUUAGUUAGUCAAGGCAGUCUUCAAAAAUUAUUGCAUUUUAUCACUGAUCGUCAAGUUUAUAAUGAAAGUGAUAUUAAAGUCAAUUCUGUGAAUCAACAGCAAAAUAGAGACAAGAACGCUAAAGGAAGGAAACCUAGUCCUAAGAAAGGUGAUAAGAAAAAAAGCAGCAAAGGAGAACCGGAUGGAAAAAAAGACGAGGAAAAACCACCGUCAAAUACUUUGCCAGAAGCGAAAAUUCACACAUGUAAUGCACUUAUGAGAGCUGCAUGUAAAGAAGAAACAAGGAAAAUUUUACACGAUGCAGAUGUUGAAAGGAUGUUAGUAUCACUAUUAUCUCAUGAAGAUGAAGGUGUACGAGCUGCAUCAGCACAAGUUAUUGCUAUACUGUCAGAAAGUUCAGUAUGUCAGGAUAGAAUAGCUGAAUUAGGUGGACCGGAAUUACUUAUUCGUAUGACGCGGAGCGAUCAUCGUGAACUCAAGUCAGCUGGAGCUACAGCAUUAUCUGCUUUGACUACUGGAAAUGGAUCAAUUUGUCGUGAGGUUGCAAGUCGAAAUUCAGGGCUUGAGGCAUUGCUUAGUUGUUUACAUAUGGGUGAUCCUGAAGUUGACUUAAUUACAGUGGGUGGAUUAAUUGCACUGACGAAUUUGGCUACUGAAGAAACUACUCGACCGAAGGUUUUACAUGUAAUAACGGCCAAGUUAUUGAUACCAACUCUAAAUUCAAAUUCAGUAUUAACUCAAUCUAAAGCUGCAUUAGCAGUGGCUUCGCUAAUAUCCGAACAACAUAAUAUCCAACAAUUUAUUCAACUUGGAGGUUUAUCGAGUUUACUCAAUUUAGUUCAAUCAACAAAUAAUGAUGUGCGUCGUUCAGCAUGUUGGGCUAUCGCUUCAUUGACAGCUGACCACACAGCUGCUUUAACGUUAUCUCAGUUAAAUGGUAUAACUAUUUUACAAACAUUGAAUGAAUCUAUAACACGUAAAAAUGCUUUUACUGAAUUAGCUUUAAAACGUGUACUGGACGCUAAUUUAAUGUCGAAAUUUGCACUAACUGGUUACUUAGAUUUUGUUGAUCAUAUACCAGAUUUAUUUUAUGAUCCUGGUCAAAUAACUAAUCCAUCUCAAUUUUUAACAUUGGAUGAAUAUAAUGAACAAUCUGUGAAUGACCGUCGACCAAUAUUUUUAAUAAAUUUACAAAAAUGUGAUAUUGUUUCAUCGUCAGAUUAUUUACAAUCACAAGAUUCGAAUGAUGCUAAAACUGAUGAUUUGAAACAAGAUGAUUUAAAUUAUUUCAAUGAAAUGAAAUAUCCUUUUGAUUCUACAUUACAUGAUUGGUUAAAUAUUGCAAUUAAACAAAUUACGUCAAUAAGUGAAUUAAAAGAGCAAAUAAAAUCUUUAGGAGAAUUUGUUGCUUCUUGUUAUGGAGGAUCAAUCAACAAAGAUGAACAAUUCACUCUAAGAAAUGAAUUAUCUCUGGCACAGUUACGAUGUCAAUUGAAUUCUAACUUAAUACCAAUAGGUUUAAUUAAACAAGGAUCAUUUCUACAACGUGCAUUAGUUUUUAAAUUACUUGCUGAUCGAAUUGGAUUACCAACUAAUUUAAUACGUGGAACAUAUGGACGUUCAUUUAAUGAAGUCCUGAUAGAACCAGAAAAUUCAAAAUCUCAAACGUAUAGAGAUUUAUAUGUUGUGGAUUUAAUGUUUGAACCCGGAAAGUUAUUAAAAUCGUCUACAAGUGAAGCAUUAGAGUACACUAGUAUAGCCUGCUAAUAAUAAUAAUAGAAUUUACCUUCCUUCAGAACUUGUGUAUUUUUUCGUGUAAAUUAACUUUAACUACUCCAGAUUCUUCAUCAUUCAGCAAAGUCUUUUAUUAGUGAAUAAAUUUAAUUACAA